AUGGCAGUAACAAACCACGAACACCCUUCGGUUCAAGGGUGUCUUGUCUCUUUUCCAGCACCUCAAAUUCUUCUCCUCACCCUCAAUCGACCCAAGCAGCGAAAUUGCAUCUCGCUCGCUACGAGCGCGGACAUACAACGGCUCUGGGAAUGGUUCGAUACAAACCCCGAUUUACGAGUUGCAAUAAUUACGGGCACUGGCGUAUCGUUCUGCUCCGGAGCGGAUUUAAAAGAAUGGAACGACCUAAACGAGCGUGGCAUAACGAAUGAGAUGACAGCACCGGGCCUGGCCGGACUGCCUCGCCGAAGGGGGGGGAAGCCAAUUAUUGCCGCCGUCAACGGCUUUUGCCUCGGAGGCGGAUUCGAGAUGGUGGUUAAUUGCGAUCUCGUCGUGGCAAGUGAGCGGGCUCGCUUCGGUCUGCCCGAAGUGCAGCGCGGAAUUGCCGCCGUCGCGGGCUCGCUGCCUCGGUUGGUUCGAGCGAUUGGGAAGCAGCACGCCGCGGAGAUGGCCUUGAGCGGUCUCACUUUUUCCGCCUCUCAACUGGAACGCUGGGGCUUGGUGAGUCGCGUUGUGGCAAGCGCUCAGCUGCUGGAGACAGCGGUGGAGAUGGCAAGUUCCAUCGCCAGCAACAGCCCGGACAGCACCCGAGUCACAAUGGAAGGGCUUCACUACGGAUGGGAGAUUGCCAGCGUCGAGGAAGCCAGUACUAAACUGGUAGAUCAGUGGUAUUCCAAGCUCAUUGCCGGAGAAAACUUUCGCGAGGGUGUCCGGGCAUUUGUGGAGAAAAGGAAGCCACAGUGGAGGCCGUCUAAAUUGGUACGAACAACACGCGCUAAGCAAGAGGUGCGCUUUGACAAAUGCGGUAUGUCCUUACUGGCAUUUGAGCCGUCCUUCCUGGUCACAGCCCGAGAGUCCGUGCUGAAAGUUGCACUUACUGCAAAAGUCCCUCUGUCGUCAGGCUGGACUACCGGCAGCAUGGGCUCCAUUCUUGAUAUUUCCUCCGGGCACAGCAAGCGCCAGAAUGACGCUGUGGACAAGCCAAACACGGCGCCAUUCCAGGAGGCUUUUAGGGCGUUCAAAAUUGUUGGCUUGGCGUCGGAACAGCCAACGGGCAUGAAAGAUGAAGUCCUGCUUCUCUCGUGGCUCAUAGUUCUCUUGCGGACCCGCGAAGACCACCAAUUCUCGCUUGACUGGUCGCACCAGGGUUGGGAAAAUGGCGUCGCGAACGAGUUCGAAACGCGCUCUCUAUCAAUGAAUGAAGUCGUGAUAGAUUUGCGUAACCCGGUGGGUCAAGUUGCUGGUGAUCUUCUUCCUCGCAUCGCAGCGACUGCGCCCAGUCCAUGCACGGAUGCGACCGAUUCUAUCUCCCUUCUCUUCAGUACGUGCUCCCUGUCCCGACAAUCCGCGGGUACAAGAGAUGAGGCCAUCCUUCACCUCGAAACCCGCUUCCACGACGAUCUACUCGAAAUCCGCCCGACAUGGUGGACUGAGAAUAUGCUGCCGUACACAAUCACACGAUACAUCGAGAACCUCGUUGAGACCGUCCGAAUAUGUCUCGCGCACCCGAGCACCCCAGUUGCGGACCUCACUCGUCCAACUGAAAGCGACAUUGGCGAAAUCUGGCGGUGGAAUCAUCAGCUACCCACCCUUUACGACUUUUGCAUGCACGAUAUGAUUUCCGAGCGAGCUCGUGACCUUUCGGACAAAGUAGCGAUCUCAUCGUGGGAUGGCGACCUGACAUACGGCCAGAUCGACCGAUACUCCACUUUUGUGGCCAGCUCCCUGCGACAAAUGGGAGUUAAACUGCAUGAUGUUUUGCCCAUAUGCUUCGAGAAAUCCAAAUGGACGAUCGUCGCCGUUCUAGCCGCCAUGAAAUCAGGCGCUACUUUCGUGCUCAUGGAUCCAACGCUGCCUCUCGCACGUCUCCAGAACGUGGCAACACAAGUAGGCGCCGAGGCAAUGUUGACAUCCCGCAUGCAGCAGGAGCUGUCAACAGCUAUCAUCCCAAAUGAAAGACAGAUUGUCGUGGAAGCGGAGCUGUUCGCCAAUAUGCCUGAUGUGGAGACCAUUGCUCCCCUACCAACCGUCCCAUCAUCGGCUUUGAUGUACAUGAUCUUCACCUCGGGUAGCACCGGUACUCCGAAAGGCGUCAAAAUUUCACACGAAACCUAUACUAGCAGCGCCAUUCCUCGAGCAAAGGCCGUUGGAUACACAGAGGAAUCGAGGGUUCUUGACUUUGCCUCCUACGCGUUUGACGUCAGCAUCGACAGUAUGCUUUUGACUUUGGGGAACGGCGGCUGCCUAUGUAUUCCGUCCGACGAGGACCGAUUGAACGAUAUAAACGAGGUCAUCCGCAAGAUGCGAGUCAACUACGCAGGAUUGACCCCUUCAGUGGCUCGCAUUUUAGAUCCGGACGUGAUCUCAUCCCUCAGCGGGCUUGGCCUUGGAGGGGAGGCGGCCUCGGCGAGAGAUGUCACAGUCUGGGGUCAGGAUACUCGCAUCAUCAUUGGGUACGGUCCGUGCGAAUGUACAAUAGGAUGUACUGUGAACAGCAGCGCCGCCACGGGUAGAGACUACAUCUCGAUAGGUCCAGGAAACGGCGCAGCAAUCUGGGUGGUCGAUCCCAACGACCACGAACUGCUCAUGCCGGUAGGCGCCGUGGGCGAACUACUUGUCGAAGGUCCGAUCGUGGGACAAGGUUAUCUCAACGACCCUGAGAAAACAGCGGCUGCUUUCAUCGAAGAUCCCUCAUGGUUGCUCGCCGGAUAUAGGGAUUAUAGAGGUCGUCGCGGGCGACUCUACAAGACGGGGGAUUUGGGCAAAUACGACCCGGACGGUUCGGGAGAAAUUGUUUUUGCUGGAAGGAAAGACACGCAGGUCAAACUUCGUGGACAGCGAGUUGAGCUAGGCGAGAUUGAAAGCCAGCUCCGGGCUAUCCUGUCAUCGGAUACCAGCGUUAUCGUGGAGGUGAUUGUGCCCCAGGGAUCCGGCGGCCAACCGACAUUGGUGGCAUUUGUCGCGUCCCAGUCUCCGAAGGGGCAAGAGAGCGCGGAGAUUGAAUCAGCACAGCCAUCGAACGAGCUGCGUGAUUCGCUGUCAAAUGCCAAUUCCCAGCUGGCAAAAGUGCUGCCACGAUAUAUGGUGCCCACCGCAUACAUUCCGGUCACUUACAUCCCUGUUUUGAUUUCGGGCAAGAUCGAUCGCAAGCAGCUACGACAGUUCGGCACGUCAGUCGACUUGCGACAGUUGGAAGAUGAAGGGUCGACUGCGACCUCGAGUCGAGAGCUGAGUGAGCUCGAGCAGCGCCUGCGAAAGACUUGGGGCCAGGUUUUGAAGCUCGAGCCAGAGACCAUCCGGCUGGAAGAUAAUUUCUUUGCGCUCGGUGGCGACUCGGUGGCUGCCAUGAAACUCGUGUCUGCCUGUAGAGCGUCCGGUCUCGACCUUUCGGUCGUCGGCACUUUCAGCCACCCAACACUCUCACGCAUGGCCGGUGUAGUUCACAUGAGCGACUUAGAGACACAAACGGAGGCCCCGCCAUUUUCCAUGAUCACGCAAGAUAAGGACAGCGCGUGCCUAGAGGCAUCCCAGGUUUGCGGGUCAAGCCCGGACGACAUCAAAGACAUUUACCCUUGCACUCCUACGCAGGAAUCUCUUUUCACGUUUUCACUGAAAUCAACCAAGGCGUACGUCGCCCAGAGAGUCGCCUGUAUCCCGCCACAUAUCAGUCUCGACGUGUGGAAACGCGCAUGGGAGGCGGUUGCCGCCGCAAGCCCUAUUCUACGCACUCGCCUAGCCCAACUUCAGGACCCUGGCCUUCAGCAAGUGGUUUUGGAAGAGAAUGUCACAUGGCGAAAUUCGACAGAUCUCGUGCAAUACCUUCAAAAUGACCGGAAUGAAAAGAUGAAUCUCGGGGAACGGCUGGCUCGAUAUGCCAUCAUCGAUCAUCCAGAUGAAGGAAAGCGAUACAUGGUUUGGACUGUGCAUCAUGUACUCUACGACGGCUGGUCAGAGCCCCAAAUCCUAAGCCAGGUCAGCAAGGCCCUACAGGGCUAUCCCAUCCAGCUGUAUGCCCAGAUGAGGGACUUUGUCAAGUACGUGAGAGAGACAGAUGAGACCGCGAUGCAAGAGUUCUGGAAACGAGAAUUGAACCAGGCCGUGGGACCUCAGUUCCCACGCCUGCCUUCCAGAGACUUUCUCCCCACGCCUGACGGCAUGCUCGAGCAUCAAAUUCCCCUUGAGAUGGGUGCUAAAUGGCCAUUUACGGUGGCUACGUUAAUACGUGGGGCGUGGGCACUCCUGGCGUCCAAAUAUACCGGUAGCGAUGACGUGAUCUUUGGCGAAACGCUAACAGGUCGUGAUAUUUCCUUGUCGGGAGCCGAAAGCAUCAUCGGUCCCCUGAUUGCAACAGUGCCAGUUCGCAUCCGCAUCCGUCGCGCGAUCUCCGUGGAAUCAUAUCUCCAAGCAGUCCAACAAACUAUGCUGGCUCGCGCGCCGUAUCAGCACAUGGGAAUGCAAUACAUUCGCAAGGUCAGCCAAGAUGCCCAAUAUGCGUGCGAGGCACCUACCGGUCUGGUAAUUCAACCGGAGCCGGAUUUGGCUGCUGGCGAACUGGGAUUCCAUCAAGGGGAUGUCGUGCGGGAAGCGCUUCAUUUCAACCCAUACCCUCUGAUGCUUGCCUGUGGGAUCCAGAAAGGCGGCUUCAGGGUCUGUGCCAGCUUUGAUAGCAGCCUGAUUGAUACGGAACAAAUGAGACGCGUUCUUCACCAGCUCGAAAUUGUCUGCUCGCAGUUGACUAAAAGUCUUUCCAGGUCUGUGAAGGACAUAUCCUGCCUGCCCGAGGCCGAGUUGAAUGUUAUUUGGGGGCGAAACGAGCUUGGCCCACUGUCUUUCAACACAUCUUCGGGACUGCUGCAAGCUGACGCGCGCCUAACGCAUGGAUCGGAUUACCCACCUGCGGCAGUCCCGUGGAUUUGCGAUCCCCACAACGUAUCUCUUCUAUCGCCCAUCGGCUCCAUGGGCGAGUUGUGGUUGGAGGGCAAUUUCCUAACCGGCGAAACCGUUGACUCACCAGCCUGGCUUGUUGCCGGAAGCUCGGCUUGCGUCGGCCGCACAGGGAAGUUGCAGGCAACGGGCGACAUAGUGCAGUUGCAGGGUGAUGGCAAUAUGAUGUUCCUUGGUCGAAAAUGCGACGUCCUGCCUGUGCAGGGGCAUGCGGUGAACAUCGCAGAGCUCGAAGCUCACGUCGCGAGAUAUCUGCCGCCGGCCGUUCAAGCCGCGGCCACGAUGCUCGAAUCUUCCGCGGGCUCCGAGGAUAGCCCGACACCCGGACUAGUCGUCUUCGUUGAGUGUAAAAUCCCCGUAGAAGAAAAUAUACAGCUUUUGCCAAAAAGCCACGAUAUCAUUUCUGAUGCCUCGGACCACAAAUUGACCAUUUGUGGCACAGUCCCUGUCACCCUUGUGGUCGCACUCAAAAGACUGGACAAAUUCAUCCGGGACUCUCUUCCAUCCUAUAUGAUUCCUUACACGUACAUUGUGGUUGACGAAAUUCCAGCGGCGAUGGGCCUGAUUGAUCGUGGUUUGUUGAAUCAACUAGGCUCAUGCAUUCCUCAACAGAUACUUACGGAGCUCAGUGCUGCAUUCGAGAGGGCAUGGACACAUAGCGCAACCCAAACACAAUUGUCACCGGCGGAGGAUAUCCUGCGUUCGUCAUGGGCGAAGAUCCUUGGGAUCAGUGCGGAGAAGAUUGACGUUGAUGACAAUUUUUUCCGGCUCGGUGGUGAUUCCGUUCUGGCAAUGAAGUUAAUAUCCCAUCUUCGCAUUCAAGGGCAUGGUUUGACCGUGGCUGAUAUUUUCCAACACAUGCGUCUUGGAGACGCGGCCCAAGUACUGAAGAUAGGCCAAGCGUCCAAGGCCAAGGCCCGGCCAUAUCAGCCGUUCUCGACGAUUGGCCAAACUGAGGUGGAGAAAUUCUUGUCCGACGUAGUCCACCCACAGCUAUCCAAUUCAUCAUGGCUGAUUCAAGAUGUAUCUCCGGUCACCGAUUCACAAGCACUUGACGUGCGAGCAACACUACAACCACCACGAACCUCCAUCCAAUACACCAUGUUGUAUUUGGAUCAAGGCGUUGAUAGAGACCAACUAUACCGUGCUUGCCAGAAGCUCGUUGACAGCCACGAAAUUCUGCGUACCGUCUUCGUUCAGCACAACUCGGCGCUUUUCCAGGUGGUGGUGAAGAAGCUUGAUGUUCCUGUGAUAACGCAUCACGUUGAUGGGGACCUCGAGCAGUACGUCGCCGACCUUUGUACGACUCACAUCGAGUCAGAUUUCAACUUGGGCUCAUCUUUCCUCUCGAUCUUCCAUGUUGAAGCCAGCGACGGCCGUAGUUGUCUCGUUAUCGGUCUCUCACACGCGCAGUAUGAUGGCAUUUCCCUUCCGCGGCUGCUCCGAGACCUGGACGCCUUGUACCUGGACCAGGAAUUCGAGCAAUUCCAGCCGUUCUCGUCGUAUGUGGCCCGGAUCCGGGAUGUGAAUGAUCAUACCGACGCUCUGAAGUACUGGCGCAGUCUUCUUGCCGGCUCAACAUUGUCUGUGUUGGGCGGAAGCUCGGGACAGCCCAGGGACAAAGCCAUCUUCCACACUAAGCCCGUUGAAAUCUCCGAGCCCCUGCAAGAGAUCACCACGGCCAACCUACUGACGGCUGCAUGGGCGGUGACGUUGGCUCGUCGGCUCCGCACGGACGACGUGACCUUUGGCGGAGUAACCUCGGGACGAAAUGUCGACGUCGCCAACGUGGAGAGCGUGGUGGGUCCGUGUUAUCAGCUCACACCCAUCCGAGUCCCCUUCCAGUCUCAAUGGACGGCGAUGGAUCUCUUGCGCUUCGUCCAGAAGCAAAGCGGGCAGUCUGCAGCGCAUGACUACCUCGGAUUCCGAGCGAUCUCGGAGAAGUGCACCCAGUGGCCGUCGGAGGUAUCGUCUUUCGACUCUCUUGUGCAUCAUCAAGACUUCGAAGACUUCGACACUAUGCCAUUCGCCGGGGGCACCUGCCGGGUUGACAUCCUGAAUCCCCACGGGGAUGCCGCGUAUCCCUUGAAGGUCGUUUCGUUUGUUCGAAGCGGACAGAUGCACGUCGGGCUGGUGGGAAGUGAGAGGGACACGGCGUUGGUGGAUGCAGUCUUGGAGGAAUUGACUUUGGCCGUUCAAGAACUGGUGACAUCGUCAUUGGAGCCUCUGAAUAUUUUGGGUUGA